AUAUUUUCUUGUGAUGAUUCUAUUGAAGACUGGCGAAUGGCAGUUGACUAUAAUCGUGUAUUUCAAAUGACUCUUGAAGUACUUAUUUGUAUGAUACAUCCAUUCCCCGGAUCAUAUCUUAUCCAAUUCCCUAUAUCGUCUUCCUUUGUUGGUCCAGGCACUGAAAUCUACUCACCCCUAUAUCAUAAUUCACAGUCUGUAAAAUCUAUGAAUAUAGACAGUGGAACACCGACAUUGUCUGUAGCAUCAACAACAACAACAACGGGUGGAUCAACUACAACUACACCUUCACCAAGACCAAUACUGUCUAAAAUGAGCAUAAAUAAAACGUAUACGCCUAGACCUUCAGCUUCUCUCUCCUCUAUACCAUUAGCAUCGCAUACCUCAAUGGAUCGUAUUCCUACAGGUUCAAUUAAAAUGGUCUCCAUUGAUCUGAUAUUAUCAGUUCCAAUGUUUUUUAGAUUAUAUCUACUAUUUCGUGUUAUGCUGUUACACUCAAAAUUGUUUACAGACGCUGGAUCACGUAGUAUUGGUGCAAUGAAUAAAGUGAAUUUUGAUACAAAAUUUAUUUUUAAAACACUUAUGACAAUGUGUCCUGGUAAACUUCUAUUGGGCUUUAUUUUAUGCUUAUGGAUUGUUUACUCGUGGACGUUAAGAGCAUGUGAAAGUUUUUAUGAUACAGAAAAUGGGAAUUUACUCAACUCAAUGUGGUUAAUAGCUGUAACAUUUUUGAGUAUCGGUUACGGUGAUAUUGUACCGCAUACAUAUUGUGGUCGAGUUAUCGCUUUAGCAACUGGUGUCAUGGGUUCUGGUUGUACAGCACUUGUAGUAGCUGUAUUUGCAAGAAAAUUGGAAUUAUCCAAAGCUGAAAAGCAUGUGAUCCACUUUAUGAUGGAGAAUCAGUUAAAUAAAAAGGUGAAAAAUUACGCAGCUAAUGUACUUCGAGAGACAUGGCUUAUUUACAAAUAUACAAAGCUUGUUAAACGUGUAGACGCCUCAAAAGUUAGAAAACAUCAGCGUAAAUUUUUGCGAGCAAUUCAUGGUCUUAGACGGAUGAAAAUGGACCAGAGGAAAGUACAAGACUCAGCGAAUACUUUGGUCGAUUUGGCUAAGACACAAACAAAUAUUUAUGAAAUUGUUACUGAUUUACGAAUGGAACAAAGUUGUUUACAACAUCGAAUGGAGAAUUUGGAAACAUCUUUGAUAAAAGUACAGGAACAAUUAAGAGCCUUACCUGGUCUUAUUAGAACAGCAAUUAUACAACAACAUUUAGCCUAUCAGAAAUUAGUAACACCUCAAACAACUACAUCGACAACAGCAACACCACCAACAGCAGCCUCAACAGCAACAACAACAACGACAACAACCGCCACAACAACAAAUCAACAACCUUCAUCAAAGCCAGAAGAACAUCAUAAACCAUGAGAUAUCAAUGGCGGACUGUUUGAUCGAUCAACUGACUGACUGGCAAGCUGGUUUUAUCUUCUUAUUUGACACACUGUCAAAUACAUAUUUAUAUCAAAAUAGGGCAAAUGCACUGAUACACACAUGCACGCACGCACACACACACACACAAACACACAAAAGAAAAACCAAAUCAUUGGAUCUGUUGUAUGUUUUACAAAGAAAACCCCUCCUUUGUUUCACCUAACACAAACACAUUAUUUAAAGUGUAUUCUGUAUACACAUGUUAUGGUGAAGAGUAGCGGAGACUAUUUUGAACUUUAUUUUAUCAAUGGAAAGAUAAAUAAACACAGUUGCUGUUUGUUUUUCUUCUUUUUUUAAUCAAUGCCUUCAAAAUCUUAAAAAGUAUCUCUGACUUUUUAUUUCUUUCCCCCCCCCCCCCGGACCCCUUCAUUUUUUUCUAAACU